AUGCAGGCAUCUCAGCAAACUGCGAGCCUUGUCAAGCGUCUAGCUGGGCCUUCAACAGGGAAAGCGGGUCUUGCCCAUGACCAGUCCGAAAUCAACAAGAUCAUUGCGGAGGUCUCAAAGGGCAGCAAAUUCUAUGAACGGGAGAAGCAGAAGGACAAGGAACUCACCGCGAAGAUUGAGAGUAUACUUGCUCUCCGAGAGUCACUAGUUGCCGGCGCCGACUUGCCCAAGAUCGAAGCAAAGGUAGACCAACUCCUGCUCAAGCUGAAAGAAGAACGAGACCUCAGUCAAACUAUUGUUCAUUUCGACCUCGACAGCUUCUUCGCUUCUGUCGAAGUAUUGAACAACCCCUCCCUCGCAGGUAAAGCGUUCGCCGUAGGACAUAGUGUCAUCUCUACUGCUUCCUAUGAAGCUCGGAAAUACGGAGUCCGUUCCGGCAUGGCUACCUUCAUAGCGAAGAAGCUUUGCCCGCAAUUGCUUAUGGUGGAUCACGGAGCGCUAUCGUACUCUGAAAUGUCUGGCAAGGUCAUGGCCAUAUGCGAGAGAUAUGAUCCUCAAAUGUGCCCUGCGGGAUGCGAUGAGGGCUAUCUGAAUAUUACAGCCUAUUGUUUGGAACACGACAUGACUCCUGAUGAUGCAGUCCAACAUUUGCGUUCUGCGGUAUUCGAAGAGACCAAGCUGACUGUCAGCGCUGGCAUUGCUCCGAACUUGAUGCUCGCCAAAAUUUGCUCGGACAAGAAUAAGCCCAAUGGUCAAUAUCACUUGCCUUUCAGCGAGGAGGCUGUCAUGGACUUUAUGCGGAACCUACCCAUUCGCAAGAUUCCAGGCAUUGGCCGAGUGACUGAACGAACGUUGGAGUCUAUUGGAAUCAAGACCUGCGGAGAUAUUUACACACAUAGAGCGACUUUGUCUCUCAUGGACAAGCAAUUCGGACUUGUUUAUCUGCUUCAGAAGCAUCUAGGCAUUGCUUCGAACCAUGUUCAACCACCUGAACGAGACGAGCGGAAGAGCAUAGGUGCCGAGCGCACCUUUGCGCCGCUCAGUGACAAGGAGAAGAUCAUUGAGAAACUAUACGAAGUGUGUGCAGAGUUGGAAGCUGAUAUGGAGCAAACUCAGUGGGCGGGCCGCACAAUAACUUUGAAGUACAAGCUCGAUACGUUUGAGGUUUCGACACGGGCGAAAACACUUGAUCGCUUUAUCACCAGGAAAGAUGACCUCUUUGCUAUUGGUCACGAACUUCUGCUGGCUGAACUGCCCUUGACCAUACGCCUCAUUGGCAUACGCGUUACGAAACUGAAGGAUCUUCGUGAACCCAAGUCACCCGUUGGAAUCAAGCGGUUCUUUGAAGCCGUUGGCCCUGAGUCGCCCAGUAAGAAACGGAAGGUUGAAGACCCGGAUGACGAUGACCUGGCAAUCAGCAUUUCGGAUAAACCUCUGUCAACAUCCUCUAAAGCCGAGACCCACCCAUGUCCUGUGUGUGGAAAACGGACCUUGACGGAAAACGACGCAUUUAACCGUCAUUUGGAUGAUUGCCUCAGUCGGGAUGCCAUUCGUGAAGCACAUGCAGAGGCCCAGCCGGGCAAGCCCCCAUCGAAACCAGGCAACCUGCUUGAACAAUGGACGAAUCUGGUUCCUAAGAAGAAGAAAAUUCGGUGA